UGGAAUGCUGAAGUUUAAUUUUCAGUCCAUCUGCUGCACCCCAGACCUUAUGUGCUCCAAGCSCAGGAUAUUUCCUUCCUAUUGCUGCAACAUAUGCCUCCACUUCUUCAUCGGUUGGGGGCCUAAUGAUUGCUUUUGGGUGUUUAURCAACAAAAAAAGAAGGACUCGUCUAGAAAAUUUCAACCAUUUAUAGAGGGGUGUCGAGGUAAGCCCAAAAACMAUACUCAAUGUUCUGGCUGAUGAUCCUCUUGUUCUGUACCAAGUCAAGGCUAAUCCAAGUCCAACUUUAGCAGUGAGUGCCCUCUUAUUGCCCUUUGGUUUGCCUUUCUUAGUGAACCUUACUGGUCUGAUCUCCAAGGUGUUUUUGUCCACUGUAUAUGCAUUGAAAACUGGUUCAAAAAGGCUGAGGAGAUCUCUAAAGACAGGAUGGUCGACGCCACAACAGUUUAGAAGAGCCUGAUUAUCACCACUAUCAAACAAAUGAGUGAAUGGGGAUUCAUUAGACUCCAUGAGUGCAAUUYGUGGAAUCCUCCUGUCAYGACGACGCCUGUCUUCUUCAGACAGUCUUUGUUUUGCUGGUGUCCUCCUCUCCUCUUGCUGCCGGCGCUCUUCUUCCUCGAGGGAAGCUGCCCAGGCAAUUAAGACCAUCUGAGGGGUCAUGAUUGUAGAGUAGUGUCGUGGUGUUUUUACUGUGAAUGUGAAGGAGGAAUAGAUAGCCAAAUAGUGAGGAUACGGACUGUUUUUGUUGUUGUUAUUCUUUUGGAGGAGGAUUUAGUUUUGGAGAAGGAUUCAGUUUUCAAGGAUUCUGUUUCCGAAGUUUUGAAGGCAGAGCUGGUUUAGUGAAAAUCCCAAAGUUCCCGCCACUUUGGAAUUUUGUCAAAUUGCAUGCAAUUUAUACAGGAUUCCAAAUUCUGAAAAUGGGGGGAAAAUAUGUAAGUUGAGCUGGCAGUCUGUGUCUUCUGUACCACUGAAAGCGAUUCCCGCUGACAUAAACCAAAAUAUGUUURCCGGAAUCACCCAAUGUCAUUGCGCGGGACCUCCAUUUUUAUGUAAAACAGCCGUACUCUGUUUUGGGGGCGUUAUGUCUUUCAAUUUUUAGGGGAGGCCUAAGUUAAUAAAAUUAGUAUUACUUCGCCGAAAAUAAAAUUUUAUUAAGCUGGUAAUAAAAUUUUAUUAUGAUUUUUUUAUUCCAAUAAUAAACUUUUAUUUCCAGCUUGAUAAAAUUUUAUUAUUUCCUUGGUGGGUGAUCUUGGAAUGGUAUUAAAUCAACACGGCAGCCAGCACAAGUACGUACUACAGGCUACCGGCCGGUACUGCUUGUAUUAUACGGAGGCAGAGCAACAACUACUAUGUUUAAUUAAGGGGAAUAUUUUGUUCUUAUGGAAUAAUAAAAUUUUAUUUACAAGUUAAUAAAAUWUUAUUAUUGUUUUAUUAUUGGGUUAAUAAAAUUUUAUUAACGGCGUAAUAAAAUUUUAUUAACUUGUUAAUAAAAAUGACUUCGCCGAUUAUAAAAUUUAUGUUUAAGGGUCACCCCAAAAGAAUAGAACCUUGUUAACCCCUUUCCUAAAGAACCAUUCGAUUGGAAAAAUAACCCUUAUUCACAUGGAAUAACGUUAAAAUGUGCGCACUAUCACGCGAAAACUGAAAAAUCUUCAUUCGGGCCCUCUCCAGGCCCCCCUUCUGGUACCAAAAAUUGAAAAUUGUGAUCAGUUUUGGUCACAAAAAAAUGUGAUCAGAAAUAACAAAUUUGUGAUUAGUUUUUUGUGAUCAAUCUUGAUCACAAAUUUGAACUGAUUUGCAUAGAUUAAAUACUAGUAGUCCUGUUAUUAUAUUCGAUGUUAAUAUCAUAAUAUAAAUAAUACUACUAGUACUAGUAUUACUAUAUACAUGCUUUUAGCUACUACUACUAGUACAUCAGUCCACUAGAACAUAAUAUUGUCUGACAAUGCCUUAUUAAGAAUUCAUGCAACACAAUACUAAUAUGAAUAUUAGUAAUGUAUGAAUAUAUAUUAUAUGAAUUGUAUUCCCACAUGCUACUCCUACUUUGAAUAAUUCAAAUAGUAUUCAUGUAGUAUGAUGAAUACGACAGUACAYAUUAAUUCUAGUAAGAAUCUGUUGAAAAAAAUGUGAUCAAAACUUAGUAUCACAAAAAAAAUGUGAUCAAGAUAUUCAUCAAUUUUGUGAUCAUUUCUGAUCACAUUUUUUGUGAUCAAAUCCAAUCACAUAAUGAAAAAGGGGGACCGGAAAAUUUAAAUUUUCCCAAUAACAUCAAAAUUGACAUGGUUCCAGUUAUGUAUGAAGGAAUGUUUUCAGUGGUACUAAAGACAUGGUAGGCUUGCUGAAAUUACAUGUUUUCCCCCAUUUUUGUAAUUUGGAAUCCCAUUUUAGCUAUGUAGCAUGCAUAUCAUUUAGUGUGCAUGAACCGAGUGACACUGAACAUGUUAAGUCAAGGAUUCCACUUAAUGAUAUGUAUCUGAGUAUUUGAGAUGCAUUAAAACAAGAAGAACUGGGCUAGUACAAAUCAAUUCUUAAUCCCAUGAGUCAUUAUAUGGUGAAAAGAUGACCCAUUAUCUACACACUKUGUUAUUCAAGUGUGUAACUGAUUUAGUCUUGAACUGGCAGUUUGAGCUGUAUCUUGGUCCCCAACAGACGCUUAAGUAUGAGAGGCACAUGCUUAGUAGAAUGAGAAUCAACAGAAGAUUCUAGUCAUAUGAGGGAGUUGGGGGGUCCCAAUAGUGGAAGAUAUCAAUAUACCUGUACAAAUAUCACAUUCAAAUUCCAUGAUUGGAUCGUGCUUUUAAAAACUACCAACCCUAUCRUAUAGUCAGCCAGUGGAUCUAUGAUCCAGUCGUAGAUUAUGGGCUAUCUUUUUGCGUGGAAUGACUACUUUGACUAAAAAACUAAAUUCAUACAAAAUGCACAUGCUUAGUACUUGAAUUUCCCACCAGUCAUGUGACCAAAUAGUUUUGCGCACACAUGCUCAACUGACAAUUUUGGCUUCAAACACGUGCAAAUUGCUUAGUCAAAGUAGUCAUUACACAGUAAAAAGAUAGCCCAAAAUCCACGCACAGUAGAAAAACAUGUAGAACAUUAAGAGAGAUCCAACUCACACUAACCGCAAUAACUUUGUCCCCAACAAUGCUUAACAAUGAUAAGCACAUGAAUCAAAUCCCAGAAAAAAGGCAAAUUCAGUGAUAUUGGGGGUUAUAGGGGUUAUUAAGUAUUUAAUUGUAUUACUGUACAUAUAUUGUGUAUUAAAAAUGUAGGACUGGAUAGUGUUUUUUUGAGUAGCUGAGCCUAGUAUACAAUACAAUAGUAGGUUGUUGCACUUUUAAUGUACUUACUACUUACCUUCAAACUUCUAGUAGAGGUAGUUUAUAGGUACACCAAAAAUCCGUUUGCUACUGAAAAUAUUAGCAUAUUGAGAAUCCUCAUGAAAAACUUGUCUAGACAGUGUAGUCAAAACUAUAAUAGAAGUAUUUUUAUAAAGCUAUGACUACUCACAAGUUGGAUAGUUUUACUUGUGUCAUGCAGUAAAAAUGAAAUUUAAAAAAAUCCUUACAGUUAAAGUGUUCUUAUUCCUGCCAUUGAUGGAAUAUGGUUCCCAAAAAAGUGUUGCAGAAACUGAUUGUGUUGCGCACCCCUCUCUAAAUUUAUGACCCCUGUCAGGUAGUUCCCUGUGGAAAACCCAUCUCUUUUUAAGUCAAGURAUGAUUCCACUACUAUUGAGAACUUUGAUGUUUUGAUUUUAUUGAAUGAGAGAAACCAGAACCAGUUCAUAAGAGCACUUCCGUCCUAGAACUACAACACAGUCAUUUUCUAUGGUAGAUUGGACACAGUAAAACGCUGUGAAAUAAUGAACCACUAUUUCUCUUACUGUUUAAAUUCUGUUCAUUGAAAUGCAUCACCCAAAUAGAGAUAUAGAAUUGUGAAUGUAACCCAACUCAUGAACUGUCUGUAUUUGUACAUCAUCAUAAUCAACGUCACUAAGAUUUGAGGACCUCUACUGUUAAAACCCAAAACGUUGUGCCAACAUGGAGACCAUAUGGAUUCGCAGCAGUGCCCAUUUGACCAGCAACAAGUUCCUCCUGAUAAAUUAUUCGACCCAAAACAAAGUCUGGGCUGUUUUCGAUGUUAUCUGUGUUCAGAUACCGAUGAGGACAGCUUGUAUGAAAGGCAAGAUAUGUUCUCUUGCCAGAUCCACGUCCAGUUGGCAUAAAGAGCCCAACAUCGCCGACACCAAAACUAGAGUGACUAAUUUUAUCACAUUGUUUCUUGGGACUGCUUUUCUCUUCUUUUACCUUCUUCGUCGCUUCGGCUUGCACUUUGGCUAGAGCAUCUUCCGCGGCAACUGCUUUCAGUUUCGUCGCCUCCAAUUCUUUCCUGAGAACUUCCACUUCACUAAAUGAUACAUCCUUUGCCUGUGCUUCCUCGAUAUAAGCUUUUGGUGCUUUCCCACCCAUCCGCUCUAAAGUUUGGCGAAGGAUAGCAUUUUCGUAUGCCAAAGUCUUCCUUUCUGCUUCUUCCGUUCCACCUGCAGGAUUCAUGAUAGUAUCCUCGUUCCCCGAAUUUUCCUCAGCACUAACAAUCAGCUGAUCUCCCUGUUGAUUGUGGCCGUGCGCAAGACCAUCUGCUGAAGGAAUGGUUUCAUCCACCGUAUCGGUCGCUCCGCUGGAGGAUAUCUUUUCUUGUUGGACAUGAAUAUUGCUCUCGGCAAACGUCAACGAGGAGGCGCUACUUACUCCACCACCGCCGCCAUCUGUACCCCCUGCUUGCAUUGAGGCAUCGGUUUCUAUAUCUUCGAUUGCAGAUCCAAUGUCUGGCAGUGUAUCCAACUCCGCUAGCGCAGGCAUUUGAGGCGUAAACAAUGGAGGAGGUGUUGCCAGCGUAGGUACAAAAAUCUCAAAAAAUGGAGGCAUCAAGUGUCGACCGGAUCCCCGAAGAAACUUUUCUCUCGCCUUGACUUCGUCGGCUCUCAUGACGGCAAGUCUCUCCAUCAUUGCCGUGGAAUUCGAUGUAACAGCUUGACCAUAGGCCCGUCGGCGCCGUAGCUCGGACAAAAAGUCCCGAUAGGAUGUGACCAGCUCUGAAACGUGUUCUAGGUGGAUCAUGUUGUCGCAUUGUUGAUUGAGGGCAGCCUUCAAUACAUUGACGCUAGAAAGAAAGCGCUGUAUUGAAGACUGUGCUAAACUCACUUCUCGUAAUCGUACUUUCAUGCGUUUCGUUGCUUCUGUUUUGGCAUCUGAAAUCUUAGCCAUGAGUACUUUCAUGGCUUUGUCAUCCAUCUCCAUAUCCGGCACGAUGUCUUUCGCAUCGUUCGAAAUUUGUCGCAGUGGCGUGAAAGCUUUUUGAACUUCGUCUUCCUUUCCCUCUACUACUUCUGCAUUCAUUGCGUCCAUAAUGAUCUGUAGAACUUUGCCAUGAUCGGCCGUCAAUCUCUCCACUCGCUGGGCUUGUCGGUCUCGUAGGUCUUGGACAUCCCCCUGUACGACAUCCGAUAGUUGUUGAAUAUGUUCCUCGGCCAUCAAAUCUUGCCGUGUUUCUUCUUCUCUAGAAGYGGCAGUACCUAUUUUUCCAAAUUCGGCAUCGACUUCGGCAAAGAGGACCAGCAAUCGAUCGUGCGAGGUUUUGCAUUGUUGCGCCCAUGCUCGUUCCCGUUCGACCGGCACCGUGUCGAGGAGCGAUUCCAUGAUGCGCCCCGACCCACGCGCGAUGGCUACGAGUGAGGGGUGGAGGGGAACGCUUCCCAGACUGGUCAGGGUCGAUUCGAAUCGUUGCAGCAAUGAUGCGUGAGCAGCUGUUUUCGAUUGAAACAGGGAGGUGAAUUCCGAUCGUGUCCGAGCAGCCCCGUUGAAGUGAUCCGAUAAAUUCGAGACAGCGGCUCGUAACGCCCGCGCGAUGACGGCUUGCUCUUGAACACAUUGUUUGCAGGCUUGUAGCCGAAGCUCGGCGGCAUCGGCCAACACCCGUCCCUGGCAAAGAUACAGCAUGAAUUGUCGCUCGUACGCAGACAGAGCUUGGUGAAGCGGCUGCGAUGCUACUGCGGACUGUGUCAUGUCUAGAGGUGAUGAGCCCUGUGGUUGCGUGGGAACUAUAACGUCCAUAGGUUGCAGGAUACAGGGUGGUGGAUCUGGUGCAUUUUCGGAUAGUGCCCGUUUGGAAAAGAGGAAGAGUCGACGAGCUCCGCUACGUUCUGUGGUAGACAAAAUAUGUUGUUGUCGAGGACGUCCCGAAAAAUCGUCAUCGUCUUCCUUCGCAUUGUCUGGUUCAGUUGUACCACUCCUUCGUCUACCAUUCAUAACAG